AUGCCCCAACUAGAUACAUCAACAUGACUUAUUACAAUUCUUUCGAUGAUCUUAACCCUGUUUAUCAUUUUUCAACUAAAAGUCUCAAAAUUUAACUACCCAUUAAACCCGGAACUAAAAACUAUUAGCAUAAAUAAACAUGUAAGCCCUUGAGAAACAAAAUGAACGAAAAUCUAUUUGCCUCUUUCAUUACCCCAACAAUUGUAG